AUGCUCAUGUGCCACAUUCUGAUCCUUUUCUGGUGGGCUGUCCUGAAGAUGACCCUCCAAGGUCAGGCCUCCGGUCCUUUGAGUGAGGUCGACCCGAGCAACGCAGCUGAGUACCUUGGCCAACAUGAGGCUACGUCCCAUGUGGAGAACCUUUACCUGGUUGGCCAUUCCAUGUUCACGACGCGAGAUCUACAAGCCUUGCUAUCCCGGCCUGAGAAGCUCAAGAGACUCUCGCUUUACAACAGUGAAGGAUAUGGUCAUGAUCGGCUAUCGCGUUCUGAGUUGUGGGCCUCUUUACGACAGCACAGCCUUAGCCUCGAGAGCAUUGAUAUUUAUUGCGUUGACCUGGUGAUGACGAUGGGACACUUUGGCCAACUCAAUAUCUUCAAGAAUUUGAAGGAUCUUCGGAUUAACACAGAUGUACUUCUGAGCAGAUACAUCCAUUCGCCGAUUUCCGCCUUCAGCCUAAGUGAGACUCUGCCUGAAAGUGUCCAGACUCUCGUGCUCUACGGCCAGCAUACUCAUCAUUCUGCCUUUAAUAUCCCGAGACAACUGCAAGAGUUAACAAGCAAGGGGCUUUUGACUCUGAAAUCUGUUGGACUCGAGAAACCUUGGUUUGAGAUUGGUGAGGACGACGACCUUUGUUUCGGCCAGGACGGGGCGGUGUUAUAUCAAGCGUUGAGGGCGUUCUUAAGCAGCAGAGGUGUGGACUUAUCGAGGAAGAAACCCCAGGAGUUAUCAAUGGGUGGUGCGGCGAUUAUCAUCAUGUACAUGAGAUGUCGCAAAUAA